AUGUCCCAACACUUUCAGUCGUCGGUAGGUGGAGAGCCACUUCCAGAAUUUGAUACUUCAUUGCGAUCUCGUGCUGCAUCUGUAGAAGGUGAUGAUGAUGAUGAUGAUGAAGAAGACAAGAUUGAGGACAAUGAUGGUGAAUAUGGAAACACUCAAGAUAAAAAAAUGUCUAGACAAUUUUGGUCGCACGUUGAAGAAGAAGUCCUGGGAAAUACGUUUUGGGGUAGAGUUACGGAUACAUUUGACCAAGUUAGACGUUAUAGAAACAGAUGUUGGGAAGAAAGGGUUCAAGGGUUUAGGGAGCCUGAUUCAUUAAAGGAGAGAGAAAUGGAGCCCCUUAGAAGUCGUUGGAAGAGGAUUAAUGCAAGUGUUUCAAAGUUUGUUGGAGCAUAUGCUCAUGCUGAGUCAAGGAGAACAAGCGGUCAAUCUGAUGAUGAUGUUAUGAAGACUGCAUUUGCCAUAUACAAGAGUGACUCAAAGAAACAUGCAGAGUUUCAAGACAAGCAUUGUUGGGAAAUUCUAAGGGGGGCAGACCAAUGGAAGCCCAUAGGGAGUACUGUCAAAAUGCAAGAAGAAGACGGCAACUCAAGAAGGUGGCUCUAA